UGGAAAUGGCAGGUUUCGUGUGUAAUGUUUGUUGUGGGUAUGUUAAUUUGUUGUAUUAGUAGGUAAUAAUGCCUAAUGGAAACGGACACUUGCGCAAAUGUGAUAAGAAGCAGCAGCAGUCCAAGAAACAAGAUGUUGGAAGUAAAAUAAAGAGAGCUAGGAGUGUAAAAGAAAAUGAGGGAAAUGAUUUUGCAAGUAUCGUCAGCAAAGACGGUAUAAACGAGCAGCAGCCCGUUGAUUCAGUUCAAACAGGCACACGCAAGCAGUCCAAGAAACAAGUUGUAGUUGGGGGUAAAGUGAAGAGAGCUAAGAGUGUGAAAGAAAACGAGGGAAAUAAUUUUGCAAGUAUCGUCAGCAAAGAUGGCAUUUCAAGCAACUGGGAGACUUUCAAGCAGCAUCUUUUACAUUUGGAGAAAGACGGUGCCCCAAGAACGGAAAAUAAAAACACUUAUCAUGGAUUUCGUCAAAAAAUAUCGCCGGAAAAUACUAACGAAACAUCUACCUGUUCAGCUCCUAGACGUAUGAGAAGGGCGAUAACGGGUUCGAGUAAGGAAAAAACUAAAGUUAUUGCUAUAGACUGUGAAAUGGUAGGCAUUGAUACCGGAAAGGACAAUAUGCUGGCAAGGGUGUCAUUAGUAAAUAAACACGGAAAUUGUAUAUAUGAUAAGUAUGUGUUGCCAUCAGAGCCAGUUGUGGAUUAUAGAACACCAGUUAGUGGUGUUCGACCAAAGGAUUUGCAUAAUGGAGAAAGCUUUGAGACUGUUCAGAAAGAAGUAGCAGAAAUAAUGCAAGGUCGAAUUUUGGUUGGUCAUGCAUUAAGAAAUGACCUUAAAGUUUUGUUCCUUAGUCAUCCAAGAAGAGCAAUUCGGGACACUUCUAAAUAUAAACCCUUCCAUAAGUUCAGCAAUGGUCGCACACCAAGUCUGCGGAAACUAGCGGAAGCAGUGCUGGGUGUUAAAAUACAGCAAGGUGAACAUGAUUCAGUAGUAGAUGCAAGAACAGCAAUGAAGUUAUAUUUGAUGUAUAGAAAAGAGUGGGAGAAAUCCCUUCAUUCCAAAUCCAACCCAGUAAGAAUUAAGUAAUUGUAUUUGCAAAUAGGUAUAAUGAAGUGUGCUUUUAAUAGUCAAGCAUAGGAAUGGUACCUUCUUUGCUUUAUACACUAUUGUAACACAGUCUUAUGUUAAAUAUUUUGAUAAUUUUCAGACUGCAUAUCUCUGCAUACACCCAUUUCACACCUCCCUCAGUGACUUGGCAUCUGCUAUUUUUAUGAUGCACAAUUUAGAGCAGUUGUCAGUAGUCAGCUCUUUUCUUUAGUUUACAUUUGUUUCCUCUUGUUGGAAUUCAUUCUUAUGACAUGGAUUGUUUGUUUAGCCAUAGAAACUUCAAAACUGUAUGAAGAUUAGUCUUCUAAAACAAGUAAAUUUCUGAAUAAUA